CUCCAGGGCGCCGUCGCACGUCGUCAUUAUACACGGCGGGCCAGUCGGGCGGGCGGUCUCGCGCCGGGAGACCCGUAGGUGACGUGCUGGAGCCGCCAUCCUGCGCUAGUGGCUAGUGGCGCCCUCACGCAUCCAAGCGCCUUCGCGUCUUUGAGGUUGCCGGGUGGCGCCUCCUGGGCCUCAUGGCGUCCUCGCUGUGCGGGCCUGGAGGCCUGACCCGCAGCCUCUUCCUGCUGCUGCUGCUGCUGCUGCUGCCGCUGCUGAACUUGGGUUACGAAGAAGAGGACGCCAAGCCAGCUUGUGGCAAACCCUGGUGGUCGAAGGACUUGGCCGUGACCCGCCAUUGGCCCUGGGAAGCGAGUCUCCGGCUGGAAAGUCAGCACGUGUGUGGAGGGGCCCUCAUUGGCCGCGAGUGGGUGGUGACUGCAGCCCACUGCAUCCAAGGCACCAAAGAGUACUCGGUGGUCCUCGGCACCUCUCAGCUGAACCCCCCGGGUCCCUGGAAGGCCGUCUCCAUCCCCGUGAGGGACAUCAUCAUGCACCCCAAGUACUGGGGCCGGACCUUCACCAUGGGCGACCUUGCCCUUCUCCGGCUGCGCGCUCCCGCCGCCUUCAGCGAGCACGUGCAGCCCAUCUGUCUCCCCGAGCCCACCUACGACCUGAAGAUCGGGACGCAGUGCUGGGUGACCGGCUGGAGCCAGGCUAAGCAGCGCUUCUCAGCCAACUCCACGCUGACCCCAGAGCUGCAGGAGGCCGAGGUGUUCAUCAUGGACAACAAGAGGUGUGACCAGAUUUACCGCAAGAAGUCCGUCAUCCCCCGCGUUGUCCCCCUUGUCUUGGGGGACAUGAUCUGUGCCACCAAUUACGGAGAAAACCUGUGCUAUGGGGACGUGGGAGGCCCGCUGGCUUGCGAAGUCGAGGACCGAUGGAUUCUGGCCGGGGUGUUGUCCUGGGAAAAGGCCUGCGCCAAAGCACAGAAUCCGGGGGUGUACACACGCGUCACCAAAUACAGCAGAUGGAUCAGGAAUCACAUGAGCAGCAGGGCUCCCUUGGGCCCCUGCACCUCUGUCGGGCUCCUCCUCCUGCCCUGGCUGCUGCAGCCCCCCACGGGCCCCUGACCUCCCCGCCCUCCUUCCUCCUGCUCUGCCUCUGCUGAGUGGAGCCAGAUCAAGGUCAGACCAAGGCCACGUGUCGGUAUUCAACAGGAGUCACGGUGGGGACAGAGCCACCCCUGGGACACCCGGUCCCAGCAGGGGGGGAUGCGGUGCACGACCAGGCCUUGGCAGGCCCGGAGAAGGGAGGC